UCAAAAAGGUACUAACGGAAACAGCGGAUAAUCAACAAACAUUAAAUCCUCCGAAUAAAACAGAACUACAAUCAGAAUCUCGCCUCCAGUCACUACCAGAUACAUUCCUUUCAUCCCCGGUCCUGAACCGGAGAUCUCACGUACGAGUUGGAACAAUGAAUAAACCAACAUCCGAAACUCCAGAAAAAUCCCAUCAACGUAUCAUGGAUGGCUAUAAAAGUGACACUGGAGCAAAUCUGGAGUCUUUAGAAGCAGAUACUAAUAACGCUAUAAUCAAGACCAAAAUUAUAUCAAUCACAAACACAGCCUUCUUUGCCAUGAAACCAUUCUCUGCUCAUUGGAUUCAGAAACACAGAACAGUUCUUUGUGACUAUAUAAAUAAUAAACCGGAAAUUAUAAAAUAUAUUUGUGAGGUUUCCAUAAGCGCCAAUUCCAGUACAACAGCUUCCAGUUCCCCUGCUAUCCAAAAAGCUUUAUUGGUUAUUGUAAAUUUAAGCGACCAUUCGAGAGAAUUGUCCAAAGUUAUUAGUAGCGUUCCUGGUUUUAUACAACAUAUGUACGAUGUUCUUGAUGAGAAUGCGUCCAAAGAAGACCAAUUAACUAGUCAAUCAACGACACACCUGAUUCGAGUUCUGAUGAUAAUACAUAACGUGGCCAUGACAGACAGCAAUAUUCCAAUGUUACAAGAGAUGAAUUUUACACCCCUUUUACACACUUUCUUGUCCUUCGUCAACGACACGAUACGAAUGACGGCCAUCUUGGCAAUGGCGGAUAUUAUGACCGAAGACGAGAGUCACUAUAUAAAAGCCAAUACAUCCGUUAUAGGUUUCUUACUCCGAAUUUUUUCCCGUUCUUUAGAGACUGAGUCUCGGACAGCUCGUGAUAGUCAUGGUAUGAUAUGGGGUGUUUUAGAGCUGGCCAAAGGUAUUGGGCGUUUGGCUAGAAAUGAUGGUAACAAAAUACAUCUUGUCGACGCAGGUUGUCUCCCUUUACUACUGAAACUUGCCAAGUCAACGAAUCUGGAAGAACAAAAAGAGGCCCUAAAAUCGAUCUGGGCUUUAUCCUUUGAUGAACAUAACCAGGACACCAUUAUCCAGGAAAAUGGAUUGAUAUAUUUCCUGGAAACGCAACAUAAAACCGGUGCUGCCGAUAUUAAAUCCACCUGCUAUGGUAUACUAUGGACAAUGAGAAACAAACUUAUCAGUUCAGAUAAACAUUCAGAAUUAGGAAAACGGCUUGGUGCAAAAAAGACACCGACUGUCUCUAGCAGCGCUAAAGAGAAAGCCGAACUCGAAAAGUCCGAGAAAGAAGAAAAGGAUAGUGACGCUGCCAGAGGUCACGUGAUGAUUAGCUAUCAGUGGGGCAAUCAGGAGUUAUUGGCGAAGAUAAGGGAUAGAAUCAGGGGUCACAAUGAGAAAGUAUGGAUGGACAUUGAUGACAUGGAAGGUUCAACUCUGCAAGCAAUGGCUGAAGCGGUAGAACAGGCUGAUAUUGUUUUGAUUUGUAUGUCUAGAAAAUAUAAAGAUAGUCCAAACUGUCGAGCAGAGGCUGAAUAUGCUCAUCAGUUAAGAAAGAAAGUAAUACCUUUAAUAAUGGAGAACGGUUAUCGACCUGACGGCUGGUUAGGAAUGAUUCUUGGCGCCAAAUUAUUCUAUGAUUUUAGUGGUAAAUAUCCGUUUGAAUCCAAGAUGGAGGGUUUGUUAAAAGAAAUCCACCAGACUAUGCAUGGUGGAGAGAAGACAACGACGUCAUUUCCGCCAGCAAUAGCUCCUAGCUAUGAUGACGUAGAUGGACCACAUGAUAUUGUGCCUAUAAGACAGGAAGUGCUAUAUGCCCCUAAUAAACACCCAGUAACUAAACGUAGUCAAGUUAAACAGUGGAGUACCAAACAAGUAAAAGACUGGAUAACCAAACAUGAACUUAUUGGAACUGGUGCAGAAAAGCUAACUGGUAAAGAGAUCGCCUUUCUUCAAAAACUACAAGCAACGGCCCCGGAAUUUUAUUACAAGACAUUAAAAUCAGACGUUGGUUUUAAGAAUCUGAAGGAAAUGGCGAAUUUUGAGGAAGCUAUGGACGAUUUACCAUGAAAGGAUUUUAUACUUACAAUCACCAAUGUCGCAAUAUACCACAAAGAGGGUCUUCUCAAGGUCGUGAAUACUGUAGAAGAUAUCUAUACAUGAUAUAAAAGAGUGCGUUCAAUGAUACAAAUUGAUAAUGGACUGUUUAUCUUCCGACAGCGGCUAAAAUUUACUCCACACCUUAGCGGAUGUUUGGACAACGCCUAUAAUGAUACAUGUGUGAACUAUUUGGUCGGUACCAUGUGGAACCUCUGUGGUAUAUACAAUAUCAUCUCUUCUAUUGGGGAAUACGUCAAAGACUUUCCUCAUUUCAUAUUUUAAGAAUAUUUUCUUAUUGUACCCCGUUUCCACAACAAUGUUCCUAUUUUACCUCCUUUACAUGUUAACAGAUUGUUGUUCAGUGGAACUAUAACAGUGUCCAUCGUUAAGUGACUUGACUAAAUGUACUGGAUAUAUGGCAGAUGAUGCGUCUUAAUGGAUGGAUAUUUAAAUGAUUACUUGUGACUGAUUGGAUGAAUGUAUGACUUGUGACUGAUAAAUGACUGUUGACUUGUGACUGAUUGGAUGAAUGUAUGACUUGUGACUGAUAAAUGACUGUUGACUUGUGACUGAUUGGAUGAAUGUAUGAUGACUUGUGACUGAUAAAUGACUGAUGAUUUGUGAUUAAUUGACUGGAUGUGUAAUGGACAAGUUUAAUUUAAAAACAUCUCCAUCACUAAUUGACUUUUGAGGUCUGACUUGUGUCUUACUUGUGUACGGCAGAUUUUAUUGACGGAUAAACUUAGAGUAGUGUUAUAUCAUUAUCCGGUAAGAUCACGUAACUAAAAUGGUGAUAGUACGAUAUGCAAUAAUACCUUAUCUACAAUAUGUCGUAUUUUAGUGCUGUGUAUGUUAUUCAAGACAAUCUACGUGAGUUUCCAUCCCGUAUCUUAAACAAAUGGACUACGCGUUUAUUAUAGAACUAUUUGAAUAUAGAAUCGACCCACUCGUUCUUGAUAAAGACGGGAGAACCCUCGUCGAAAUGUCGCUGAAAUAAAUCCUUUAAGUAACUUGUAUUCCAUAUAAUUGUGUCAUGUAUUUCUUUCACUCUGUUUUAACUUCCAGAACAACGAACGAUUUAUUAACAGUAUUAAAGUCACUGGAUAGCAAAAACACGCUUUGUAUAUCAUAUUUAUUAACAGUAUUAAACUAUGUCACUGGAUAGCAAAAACAAGCUGUGUAUAUCAUAUUUAUUAACAGUAUUAAAUUAUAUCACUGGAUAACAAAAACAAGCCUUGUAUAUCAUAUUUUUUAACAGUAUUAAACUACAUGUAUAUCACUGGAUAACAAA